UGCCACAGUGGAUUCAUGGAGCGAGUGAACAAUGUGACAGAAUUCAUCCUGCUUGGCCUGACACAGAACCCAGAUGUGCAGAAACUCUUGUUUGCUGUCUUUGCAGUCAUCUACCUGCUCGCCCUGGCAGGCAACCUACUCAUUGUAGUGACCAUCACCACCAGCCCAGUCCUAGGCUCCCCCAUGUAUUUUUUUCUGUCUUUUCUGUCCUUCAUAGAUGGCUGCUGCUCUUCUACCAUGGCCCCGAAAAUGAUUGUUGAUUUACUGGCUGAAAAGAAAACCAUCUCCUUCAGUGGGUGCAUGACUCAGCUCUUUGCAGAGCAUUUCUUUGGAGGAGUUGAGAUCCUCUUACUCACAGUAAUGGCCUAUGACCGAUACGUGGCCAUCUGCAAACCCCUGCACUACAUGAUCACAAUGAACCGGCAGGUAUGUGGCCUCCUGGUGGCCGUGGCCUGGGCUGGGGUUUUUUUUCAUGCUCUGAUUCAAAUUCUUUUUAUGGUCUGGUUGCCCUUCUGUGGUCCCAAUGUUAUUGACCAUUUUAUCUGUGAUCUUUUUCCUUUGCUAAAACUCUCCUGCACUGACACACACACCUUUGGACUCUUUGUUGCUGCCAACAGUGGGAUGACGUGUAUGCUCGUAUUCUCUAUUCUUAUCACCUCGUAUGUCCUCAUCCUUUGCUCCCUAAGAACUUACAGCUCUGAAGGGCAACGGAAGGCUCUUUCCACCUGUGCCUCCCAUAUUACUGUAGUCGUCUUAUUCUUUGUACCCUGUAUAUUUGUGCACCUUCGGCCCAUGGUCACCUUCCCCAUUGAUAAAGCAGUAGCCGUGUUUUAUACUAUGGUAACCCCCAUGUUAAACCGUUUAAUCUACACCCUCAGAAAUGCAGAGGUGAAAAAUGCGAUGAGGAAGCUCUGCAGCCAAAGAGAGAUCUUAAGUAAACAUUUAUGUGAAUAG